GGGGGGGGGGGGGUGGUGUAAAGAAAAACCUAAGGGAUGGGGAUUUUACGGAGGGACGGUCAUAGAUGGGCGUACCAGGAAAGCAAUUCGGGAGGAAUGACGAACGAUGAAAUGCGCGGCGCGGAUGGCCCACCAGACAACGCUCAAAAAGUGAGGCCGGAUACUCGCAAACGAAGGGAUGAGAAACAAAAACGGAAGGAAAAAAACUCGGAAUCAAAGAGAAAAAAAGGGCAUCCGAGUUGCGCUAGAUCAGGCCUGGAUGCUCUCACGAGCUUUGCGUCGUUGCGCAAAAAAAUUGGGUGGUGGGGUUCAUCUCUUGUUUUCUUGUUCUUGUUUCUUCUAUUCGUUUCUUCGGGUUCUUCUUUUCUCCCUGUUUGUCAGUUAUUUUUGGUUUUUGUAGGACCUUUUUUUUUGUUCUUCUUCUGCCCGAAGUAACUUCGGCAGCUGUAUGUAUGUAUGCACGUACCUGUCUGUACCUUGUUACCAUCAAUCAAAAGAGACGGAUGAUGCAUAAACAAUGAUGCGCAAUGCGAGGCAAGGCAAUAGCAAUGCCACCAGAUGCCGGUCCAAGAUGCCGUGCAAGUAUGCAAGAUACGCCCGGGGUGUGAUAUGCAAAGAGAAUAAGAAAGAAAAAAGGCAACUAGCGAAGGAACAGUAACCCAGC